AUGAUAUUUUGUGGAACAGCUGAUGUUGAAAGCAGCCUGCCGGUUGAUUUGGCAUCUGAGGAGAAAGCGAUACCGCAGACAACCGUGACAAUAUCAACGACGCCAUUGAGCAUCACAACCGCAAAUAUUUCGACCUCUACCUACGCCACCAUUAUACCACCGAUACCACCCAGCGACAGAGACCGCUUCCUCACGUUCGCCGAAUCUGGCCAUCAUCAAACGUUCAUGUUCGCCAAAGACAACACAUUUAUACAGUUAGACGGGGAUAUCAUUCAGAGGUUCCAGUUGAGAUUAUGCAGAGAAAUAUCGUUUAAGUUUCGAACAAGGCUACCUCAUGGACUCUUAGUGUAUCAUAACGUUAAGAAUCCAGUAUUCAAGAUGCAACCCUAUGCUCUGUACGUCAUUGUCGAGAAAGGAGAAUUGAAAGUCGUCCACGUGUUUGGCAAACAUCUCACAUCGGUGACGGUGGGACGUGCGCUGAACAGAGACGAAUGGCACAGCGUGGUAGUCACCAUUGACGUGCACGGCGCAAGGCUGAUCGCUAAAGUAGACCAACUCAAGGAGGAAGUAUAUCUAAAAGGUUUGAGUUUCGAUACCAAUUACGGUAUUACGGACAAUCUGACUUCAGUAAUUCUAAUUGGAGGUUUGAGUUCAGAAGAGAAACUGCACGGAGUGAAAUACAUUAUAGAAUCAUUCGUCGGAUGCAUUAGUGAUAUGGUUCUUAGUUCGGGUAAGGCGGCGUCAGACCUGCUACCGAUAGUUCCACUGAUCGCCACAAAGCAUGAGAACGUGAAAGAGGGCUGCAUAGACAAAUGUAGAACUGUCGAGAACCUAUGCUUCGAAGGUUCUAGAUGCAUCAACGAAUACAACGGUUACCGAUGCGAUUGUUUCGGCACUUUGUACGAGGAGCAACUUUGCGAUGUUUUCACGGCGACAGUUUUAACGUUGCGAGGCUCGAGUUACGUGUCUUAUCGGGUUUACGAUUGGAAAGACCGGGUCCACUCCACCAACACGCGAGUCAGCCUGCACUUUAAGACCCGGUUCGAUGAUUCAGCCUUGUUCUACGCCAGCGGUCAAAUCGACGACAAAAUUCAUUACAUCGCUCUAUCGAUACACCAGGAGAAGAUCGCCGUGCAGAUUGACCUGGGAGACGGUCCAGUGGAAGACUAUUUAGGGGAGAAAGUGAACAACAAUCGCUGGCACAACCUCACUGUAAUACUGCAAGAAAAAUCGGCCUUCGUCUACCUCGAUGACGUAACGGCGACUUACGAAGUACCAGGAAACGCGCGAUACGUCUGCAUUGACCCAGAAAUUUACAUAUGCGGUGGUCCGGAUUUGCACAAAAUGAAAGGAUUGAAAUCCUUCAACAAUUUCGCGGGCAACUUGAAAUACGUUUAUUACAACGACGUGUCGAUACUGUACGAGCUGAAGCAAAACAACCCCAAAGUCCACUACAUUGGGGUCCUCGAUCCAGAAUUCGAGGAGAUCGAUAUCGAAGUUAUACCUAUAACUUACCCAUUCGCCACAUCACACAUAUGGUGGCCUUUAAAUCAAAGUAAUAGCAUCAAUUUGAUUUUCGACUUUAAAACUAGCAAAAACAUGGCCGUCCUAGCUUACAGCCAGAUAACGACCGGACAGGGAUACUGGGAGGUCAGAAUGGUUAAAGAAGAAAUAAGAUUCGAAUUGGUUCCGGAUAUAGGAACGAAUGUGACCGUUCUUAAGUCGGUAAAAUUUAAUGUUAGUAACGAUUGGCACACAGUAGAGCUCGACUACAGAAAAGGAAGAAUUAAGCUAACGGUCGACUAUCAUAACAAGCAUGCACAAAUGUUUGGUCUAGAUUUUCACCUCCAGGAUAAAAUAGUUAUUGGCAGUGGACUUAAAUCCGCCAACUUGGGUCUUAUUGGAUGCAUGAGAAACAUAAAGAUCAACGGUUUAACCAUCGAACCAAGGUUCGUCAUCAACACUGAAAGGGUUGUGGGCGAGGUGGCAAUCGACGACUGUCGCUACGUAGACCCCUGCACCAGGCCGAACACGUGCGAACACGGGGGGAUCUGCUCCAUCAGGGAAGACAGAGUCAUCUGCAACUGUGAUAAUACAGGUUACAUCGGUGAAAAUUGUCACUUCGCGACAUUCAGAAAGACUUGUGAGGAACUAGCUUUAUUGGGUUAUACAAGGAAUGAUGUUUAUCUCAUUGACAUAGAUGGAAACGGUAAAUUCCCACCAGCUCACGUCAAAUGCGAGUUCCAGAUUGAAGCGGACUCUUCCACGACGGUCGUGGAACACAACCUUCCAAGCCAAGUUGAUGUUCGUUCCGCGUCAGGCCAAGACUUCAGUUUCAAAAUCAAAUACAGGGAAUUCACAGCUGAAAUGAUACAAGAGUUGAUAUCCCAUUCCCUGUUCUGUCGUCAAUACAUCAAAUACGAUUGCAAUAUGGCCCCACUUGAGCUUCACAGUGCCACGUGGUUUAUAUCGUCGUCAGACGACACCGUUGACUAUUUGGGUAAUGUGAAAAGAGGAUACUGCCCGUGCGGUGUGAACGCGACCUGCGUUAACCCGACGCAGUCCUGCAAUUGCGACGCGAAUGAGAACAAAUGGCACUCGGACGAGGGAAUCCUGUUGGACCCGAAGAGUCUCGGCAUAACGGAGAUGUUUUUCCUGCAACAGAAGGACCUGACCGAGGAGGCCCAGGGGAGGAUUACGUUGGGACCGUUGGAAUGUGUUGAGACAAACACUCAAAGAUACGUCGUAACGUUCACCACUUCACAAUCUUACAUUGAAGUGCCAGGGUGGAGGAAGGGGGAUAUCGCGUUCAGUUUCCGAACGACCGGAACCAGCGCCAUCUUGCUUUUCCAGCCACCUAUAAGACCGAACUACCCGUCGUUCAUGGUCGCUUUAACCAGUGAGCACGAGCUGACUUUCAACUUCACGCUGAACACCGGUACCACGAGGAAAUUGGUAAUCAAUUCUAAGAGAAAACUGAACGGAGGGGAGUGGCACAAAAUAUGGAUCGACUACAACUUCUAUCACGUUCGGUUCAUGUUGAACACGGAGUAUCAAAUGUUGAACUUGCUGUUGGAAGAGGAGUUUGGCCCGUUUGAGGGCUCCAUGUUUAUAGGUGGUGCGACUGCCGAGCAUCUGAAGAAGUCAGCUGUCCAUCAAGGGCUCAUAGGUUGCUUCAGGGGUUUAGUUGUAAACGGGGAGGUUUUAGACAUAUACAGUUAUAUGUCAGUUCACUUGUCGGAGAUCAUCAAAGACUGCAAGCCGUCGUGUGUACCGAACCCGUGUCAGAAUAAAGCGACGUGCAAAGAGCUAUGGUCCACGUACGAGUGUAUUUGCAAGAACCCCUGGGCGCACCUUGGUGUACACUGCGAAGAGAACAUAAACGAGAAGGCACUGACGUUCCAAACCAAGGAGGCUUAUUUGAAAAAGAACUAUUUGGUGGACAACGAAACCGACGCGGAGAAGCACCGGCUGAAGAAGAUGAUGGUAGAGAACGUCCUGAUGAAUCUUAGGACGUACGACGACAACGCCCUAGUGCUGUACGCUAACGACAACCUCAACAAUUUCAUCCAUCUGUUUAUACACAACGGCACUCAAAUCAUCUACCUGUUCAAUAACGAAGACGAAAUCGUCGAGAUGAACGUCACCCACGAUCGGAUCAAUAAAGGCGAAAGUGUUCAGAUCGCAAUUAUCAGAACCGAAAACUCGACAACUUUGCACGUGAACGAUAAGAACAGUACAAUUGGUAAAGUAGCGAAACUUCUAUCCAACUAUACCAAUAAGCCUUGGAUUAAUCCAGAGUUAGAAGUGAUCCGGCCACAGAGGCCACCUGCGCCACCAACCGACUACUUUCAAAUGAACCUUGGCGGCUAUGAUCCAUACUCUUUACAUCUGGCACCAAGAGCAACCAUACUACCACAAGGGGGAUACGUCGGUUGUGUUAGAGGAUUCAAAAUAGCUGACCACGUCGUAGACUUGUCGAGAAAAGCCUUGCAGAAUAUUGAUCAAGAUCUCACGGGGGUGCUGCCGGAAUGCAAUAUGAAGUGCGACUCGGAGCCUUGCAAGAACGGUGGCACCUGCACGGAGGAUUUCACCAACCAGGAGAGCAGCUGCGACUGCGAGCUGACCAGUUACUUCGGGGAGUACUGCAUGGAGGAGAAGGGGGCCGACUUCAACGGAGAGAGCAUACUGCAGAGGAAAUUCGUACUCCUGGGACCCGUUUUGAAAGUAAAAAUAAAAUUGGCAUUUUCAAGCAAUGACCUAAGGCAGAAAAAUACUGUUCUGCUUUUAGUACAGACCGAAAACAAACGCAGCUAUUAUUUACUUGUUGCUAUUACACAAGAUGGAUACUUAAAAUUUGAGGAAGACAGGGAAGAAGCCGCCUUUGGUGCAGAGGUGAAAAACAGAAACUUUUUGAAUGGUGCUCGUCAUUCAGUGUAUUACACGAGAGUAGGUCAAGAAGCGAAACUGUUAAUAGAUAGAAUAGAAGUACCCCUUGAAAGACUGCCGCCUCAAGGUCUGUGGGAGGUGUUUGAUGUCGGAUCUAACGAGGUGCAAAUAGGGGGCUUGAACACCACAGACCCGCGGCUCAUGAUUUACAAGGGCUACAACGGGUGCCUGUCCAAUAUAUUCGUGGAACUCAACGACUACGAGAUGAAGCCGUUAGAAGAGUACAUGCUCUUCACGCGAUCGGACGCCGAAAAGGUGAACGCUGUGAACGCUCACGGGGUGCGAAGCGCGCAGUGCUCCGCCGAGUUCGACGACGCGUGGCCAGAGAGGGAUCAGCUGGCGACGCAUAACGGUAGCUUCUUAAUCAGCGUCGAUAAGGCCUGGGUAGAAGAUCCUCCAGCUAGGAUUCCGUACGACUCCCUACACCAGCAGCCAGAUGCAGAAGAAGAGAACACUGAUAAGCUUUUCAUAACUCUUAUAGUAAUUUUUAUACUGGGUCUUUGCUACUGUGGGUCCCAUAUGUGGCGAACACACAAAGCUUACAAGUUACGAUUAGAAAAAAUUACGGACGAGAACAUUAUGAGGAACAAGGAGAAAGCCAUAAAAUUGCAGGAACCAAGCGUUUCUUAUCUACAGCUCAAUAAGGAAGAUUUACUAAACAAAGAGACGGAUUUGAAGUCAAAUGGUGUUUCCAUCGAUAUCAUCCCUACGGUAAUCGUUGAAACCACGGAAGAGAAGCCGAUGGGAAGGAAAGGAUCCCUAAGAUUUAGAGAAAUUAUAGACAAAGAUGUAACGUUCGAAACGUUGGAGGAGAAAGAUGAAAAUGAUGAAGAGGAUGAAGUGAGUUCGGAAAAAGACACCGAAGAUGAAGAAGAAAACGAAUCUAAUACGGAGACAAACCAGUCCGAACAAACACCUACUACUGAAAUGCAUCAUGAUGAUGAACCAUCUUUAAACUCGCAGCCAUCUCAUAAAAUAGACGAAGAAACUUCCAUCGAAGUGACUACCAGCGCU